AUGGCGUGCAGCAGGGCGAGUUUCUUCCACUCGUGCCUCAAAGUGCCCGUGCACCCUGACACGCGGAUGCCCUCGCCAGGCUACGAGCGGCCCUCCGCCCCCUUCUCGCCCCCCAGAGGCCCCUCCAGGUCUUCCAAGGUCACGUCGCGAACCUCCUCCGCCAGCCGCGCCUCCUCGGCCAGACCACCCCGGCCCCCCAGCACUGCCAGAAUGAGCGUUGAAAUGGGGAGCGUGGCGCCGGUGCUCAAAUUCUACGAGUCGAUCCCCGACUACGCCGACCUGAACCACCUGAGCGACAAGGACUUUUACGCGCGGGUCAGGGAGCUGCGCUUCCUGCAGAGGAACUACGUCACGGCCAUGACCGAGCCCAAGACGACGACCAGCCCCAACAACUGGCAAUCCGGAAUUCAGGGGAGCAAGUGCCUGAUGAACGCGAGUCGCGCCGCCACCCCCAGCAGCUGGCGCACGGGCAGCCCGAAGAUGGCCUGGGGCAGCCACACGCCCAGCACCAGGGAGGACGUCUUCAGCUCCACCCUGAGUUCGCCCCUCUCCUCGCCCCAAAGGUCCAGGAAGCAGCGGGACCGACGAAAGCCAAAAACGGCAAACAAUUCCGGCGCCAUCAAUCGAAGUGGUUGGGCGCGCGAGGCUUCGUUGGUGUCGGACUCUGAGGAGGAUCGGUCGCGGGCCUGCAAGAACGCGGGGUGGCGCGAGGCGCAGUUCCGAGCCAGCCUGCGGGAGGAGGAAAAGCGCGACCUGAAGCAGCUGCGGCGCGACCUGAUGCUGUCGCCGAGGCGCCGCACGCCGUCGCCGGUCAAAGGUCACGAGGUGCCGCUGACCUCGCGCCUGCCCAUGUACCACGCCAUACUGCUUGAGCAGGAGCUGCGUCGCGAGCGGCUCAAACGGAAAAGCAAGGCGCGGCUGCUGGCCCAGCUCAGGCCGUUCAGCUUCGACGUUUCGCCCGAGAGAAGCCUGGCCAAGAACUGGAAGUCCCUGCCCGAGCUCAGGGACUUGGACAGCGGCAGGAGCGUCUUCAGGGCCACGCCCAUGCCCUGGCAGAUCUACGGAAUCGAGGCCGAGAUCAGGCGCCAGGAGGAAGAUUACCUCAGGAAAAUGAGGCGCGAGAUCCGAGCUGAGGAGAUGCUGGCGCGGUCGAUGUUGCCUAGGUCGAUGCAGGUCAGGUGCAGGUCGCAGAGUCCUCCGGCCGAGUGCAGAACCUCGAGGGCGAGCUCGGCCGCGGUCUUCGGUGCUGAGACGAAAAGGUCGCCGUACGCCAGCACCUGCACCAGCAGGGUGUCCUCGGCCGCCGCCCUGCCACGACGACCCUCCCCCAUCAGGAACAACCUGGCCGCCGUCCUCCGCAUCGAGGCCUCCAGGCGGCGGGCGGAGAGGGAGGCGGCCCUGCGGCUGGAGGAGGCGCGGCAGCUGGAGGAGGUGAGGUCGCGGGCCAAGGUGGUGCGGCGCCGACCCGCGUGGCGCCGCAUGGCCAGCGUCAGCGCCAGGAGGGAGCUGGCGCUGAGGGCCGAGGCCAGGAGGGAGGAGGAAAGGUCGCGCCAACACCAACACGCGCGCCACAUGGGCACCAUGAUGAACAGGGUGCUCCACAUCCCCACCCUCUUUGAACGCCAGCAUCAAGAAGGGUUGCGGUUCAAGAUGUUGGAGGCUGACGAGGGCCGGCGCAGGAUGAAGCAGCAGGAAUUCCGCAAGCAGCGAGUCAUUAGUUUUUCGCCGGAGGAAGAGAAAAAGGACGACGAGCCGGAAUUUGAAGAAAAGGACGAUUUGAGGGAAGAAUGCGACGAGGAAUUGGAAAACUAAUCAACUAUAUUAACAAUUUGUAUACAUUUAAUAUUGUGCUUCGUGUUUUACAUGUUAAAGAAAAAAAGUUAUAGCUGCUGUGAAAAGAUUGAGAUACGAGAGUGACUUUUUCACAGUUUUUGUACAUUCGAAUUAGAAUAAAUUAAAGUUUUGAUUGUGUCACUGGCGGAUGUGGUCGAGGAUCCACUCGGCGUACGAGGAGACCCUGGUGAAGAUGGCGGGCGGCGCCGCGGCGACGCCGCACUCGUCGGGGCCGUGCGAGGCGACGCCGACCUGCAUGUAGACGGCGGUGUCGCUGAGGCCGCCGUAGCCGUGCGUCAACAACAUCAACGGCCCGCCGGUGUCGCCCUGGCACGCCGUCGAACUGUCCUCGGACGAACCCGCGCACAGCUGCGUGUCCGCGAUGUUCUUGUGCAGCGCCAGCACCUGACGCACAUCAAAAAUAUUAAGAAAAUAUUUACAAUUUACCAUUAAAAUCUUUUGCAAUUCUAAUUUGUUGAAGGCAAAUUGAAUAAAACUUGC